ACACGCGGUGGUUCAGAGGUCUAUAUAUAUUGACACUCACUUGGGUUUGGGAACACAUAAAUCCAACCAAAGCUCCAUACAUUGAAGAGAAAGCUUCCUCUCUUUCUCUUUCCCCAGACCUUCAUUCGAGCUUCAAUGGCGUUAGCCAUGGUGAUUCUUGCUCUGUUUUUACUCCUCUGUUUUUGCUCUGCUUUACUCCGAUGGAAUGAAGUUCGAUAUAGCAAAAAAGGGCUGCCUCCUGGUACAAUGGGUUGGCCUGUUUUCGGAGAAACUACUGAGUUUCUUAAGCAAGGUCCAAACUUUAUGAAAUCUCAAAGAGCUAGGUAUGGGAGCAUUUUCAAGUCACAUAUUUUGGGGUGUCCUACGAUUGUUUCCAUGGAUCCAGAAGUUAAUAGAUAUGUUUUAAUGAAUGAAUCAAAAGGGCUUGUCCCUGGUUACCCUCAAUCCAUGCUUGAUAUACUUGGCAAAUGCAAUAUCGCCGCCGUACAUGGCGGCGCUCACAAGCUUAUGAGAGGUGCUCUGCUUGCUAUUGUUAGCCCCACCAUGAUUAAAGACCGUCUUCUUCCUAAAGUUGAUGACUUUAUGCGAUCCCAUUUGAGGAAUUGGGAUAGCCAAAUCAUCGAUAUCCAAGAAAAAACUAAAGAGAUGGCUCUCCGGUCAUCUUUGAAGCAGAUUGCCGGAAUCGAAUCCGGCCCGUUAUCGGAAUCUUUCAUCCCGGAGUUCUUCAAGCUCGUCCUCGGCACCCUCUCGCUCCCUAUCGAUCUUCCCGGCACGAACUACCGCCGAGGAAUUCAGGCGAGGAAGAACAUAAUAAAGCUGUUGCAGCAGCUUAUAAAUGAGAGAAGAGACUCAAAGAUUCAAAAAGAUGACAUGCUUGGGUUUUUAAUGAGUGAGGAGAACAAAUAUAAGCUAAAUGAUGAAGAGAUUAUUGAUCAAAUCAUCACUGUUUUGUACUCUGGCUAUGAAACUGUUUCAACAACAUCAAUGAUGGCUGUAAAGUUCCUCCAUGAUCAUCCCAAAGUUCUUCAGCAACUCAGAGAAGAGCAUUUAGCAAUCAGAGAGAAGAAAAAUCCUGAGGACCCCAUUGAUUGGGAUGAUCUUAAAGCUAUGAAGUUCACUCGUGCGGUGAUAUUUGAAACAUCUAGACUGGCCACAAUUGUUAAUGGGGUUUUGAGGAAAACUACAAAGGACAUGGAACUAAAUGGCUUUCUCAUUCCAAAAGGAUGGAGGAUUUAUGUGUAUACUAGAGAGAUAAACUAUGACCCUUUUCUCUAUUCUGAACCAUUCACCUUCAACCCUUGGAGAUGGCUGGACAAAAACUUAGAGUCUCAUAAUUACUUCUUCAUCUUUGGAGGUGGAACUAGACAUUGUCCUGGCAAAGAAUUGGGAAUUGCAGAGAUUUCUACAUUUUUACAUUACUUUGUAACUAAAUACAGGUGGGAAGAAGUUGGAGGAGAUAAGCUCUUGAAAUUUCCAAGAGUGGAAGCUCCAAGUGGGUUCCACAUUAGGGUUUCAUCUUACUGACUGAAUUAAACUAAUAAUAUUUAUUAAAAAAAGAAAAAAAAAAAAAAAAAAAAAGAGAGAGAGAGAGAGUUAGUGUGAAGAAUUUGAUGUACAGUUGGAGAUGAUGAUGUAUAAUAGGUACUGUCAAUGUUAGAGAGAUAUAUGGAGGGAGGAUGUACAAUAACAUUCUAACACCUUGACUUUAGGGACAAAAGGAAUGAAAUUGAAUUUUCAACUCU